CAAAAAAAAGACUACUGAUUAUGAUUAAGAAAUCACAUGAUUAAGAAAUCACUUGAAUCCAUUUAUAAGAGCAUCAUCAUCAAACUCCACUUCAACGAGAAUCAUGGAUAUAGUAUUUUGUGCUACCACAAUUACUCUAAUUUUAUUGCUUAAUUUCAUCCCAGAAACAAAAUCUCAACAAGACUAUCUAGACAACCAUCAACUAGAUUGUGAUGACCCCUUCAACUCUACAUAUGGUAAUAUCUGCAAUAGCAUGAAGUCCUGUCAAUCUUACAUCACCUUUAAAUCAAGUCCUCCUUUGUACAACACUCCAGCCACCAUAGCCUAUCUCUUGAAUUCCACGGUCCCUCUCAUAACCAAUGCCAACAAUAUCUCAGAUGUGGACCCUAUUCCCGUCGACACCAUGAUCACUGUCCCUGUUACCUGCUUUUGUUCUGGUCACUACUAUCAGCAUAAUUCCUCAUACAUCUUGAAGAAUGAGAAUGAAAACUACUUCACUCUAGCCAAUAACACCUAUGAGGCACUCACAACAUGUCAGGCUCUUGAUGCUCAGAAUAUAUAUGGACUUGACAACCUCACUGUAGGGCUCAAUUUGCAUGUUCCACUCAGGUGUGCUUGUCCCACAUCCAAGCAAAUGGAAAAUGGAUUCAAGUAUGUUCUUACAUAUUUGGUCUCCGAAGGAGAAUAUCCUGCACUUAUUGCUGAGCUUUUUGGGGUAGAUACACAGAGCGUCUUGGAUGCAAACAAGCUUCAAGAGGAUUCUGUUAUAUACUACUUCACUCCAUUCAUGGUGCCUCUAAAAGACAAGCCACCUACCAAGAUACAAAGGACACUACCGCCACCAUCAGCACCAUUGUCGAAACCUCCGGUGGAAAAUCCAACUAGGAAUAAAGAUUCAAGCUCUUCUAAAAAAAGGGUGAUUAUCGGAAGCACUGCUGGAGCUGCUGUAUUUUUGCUUCUUCUCAUCUUUUUCUUGUUGUUCUUUUGCUUUUGUCAUCGGCAUAAGAACAAAAUUUCAUUGUCUUCUGUAGCCACCGAUUCUGUAGCCACCAAAACCACCACCGAAAAAGUCUCAAAUACCGACACAAGUACAACCAACCCCUCCAGUUCUCUGUCUUACGAAGGGCUUCGUUAUGCUGCUGAGUCUUUGACGGUGUAUAACUUUGAGGAGCUGCAUAAAGCAACAGGCUUUUUCAGUGAAGCUAACAGAAUAAAUGGUUCUUCAGUUUACCGAGCAAGCUUGAAGGGCGAGGAUGCUGCAGUUAAGGUUCUCAAAGGUGAUGCCUCUGCAGAGAUCAACAUUCAAGGGAGAAUCAGCCACGCCAACAUAACAAGGCUCUCUGGGUUUUGUGUACACAAAGGAAGCACAUAUCUUGUCUACGAGUUUGUUGAAAAUGGAUCUCUUGAUAAUUGGAUUCAUUUUAACAAUCGCUUAAAUUUUGUGGCUCUGACUUGGAGGCAAAGAGUUCAGAUUGUUCAGGAUGUUGCCGAUGCUUUGAAUUACCUUCACAACUAUGCCAACCCUUCACAUAUCCACAAGAAUUUGAUAAGUGGCAAUGUUCUUUUGGAUGGGAGUUUUAGAGGUAAACUUUGUAACUUUGGGUUAGCAAGAGUGGUGAAUGAUGAUUUUGGAGAAGGGGGGUUCCAAUUGACAAGGCACGUUGUAGGCACCCAUGGUUACAUGCCACCUGAGUAUAUUGAGAACGGUCUGAUUAGUCCAAAGAUGGAUGUUUUUGCUUUUGGGGUUGUGAUAUUGGAGCUUCUUUCAGGAAAAGAAGCAAUUGUUGGGGAUACAAAUGGUGAGGAGAAGCUGCUAUCAGCUGCUGUGAGCGAAGCACUCAAAGGCGAUAAUGGGAGGGUGAAACUUCAUGCUUUUAUGGAUCCAACUUUGAGGGGUGAUUACCCAUUGGAUAUGGCGUAUUCCAUGGCAGAGAUUGCCAAAUGUUGUGUUGCCCGUGACCACAAUUUGCGUCCAAACAUUUCUGAAGUUUUGGUUAUAUUGUCUAAGAUCCAAUCUUCUUCACUAGAUUGAGAUCCAUCUGAUGAGAUGGAAGAAACUCCAGAUCAUUUGAUUAAAUGUCGAAUGUAAAAUAUUAUAUAAGUGAUUCCAGUAGUAGCUAGCUCCAUUCACAUAUGUUUUCCAGUAGUAGCAUGCCUCUAUUGAAUUUCCCUGAUCUCAUGAAGCACGUUCACUAUAAGGCUUCUAAAAAUAAGUUUAAAUUUUGAUUACCAAUUUUAGCACCUGUUGAACUUCAAUCAAAAUUUUAGUAUGCAUACAAAAGAAUCACAAAUCAUUUAAAUAUUUAUUUUGUAAA